CAUACCUCUCAAAAUGUCUGCCAUUCAUCAGCUCAAUCCAAAAGCCGAAAUUGCAAGAGCUCAUCAGGCUCUUGCGGUGAACAUCAGUGCAGCUAAAGGUCUCCAAGAUGUUCUCAAAAGUAACCUCGGUCCAAAAGGAACCCUUAAAAUGUUGGUUUCUGGAUCUGGUGACAUCAAGUUGACCAAAGAUGGAAAUGUUCUACUGCAUGAGAUGCAAAUUCAGCACCCUACAGCUUCCUUGAUUGCUCGUGUUGCCACCGCCCAGGAUGACAUCACAGGAGAUGGGACCACUUCCAAUGUUCUCAUCAUCGGGGAGCUCCUGAAGCAGGCCGACCUCUACAUCUCUGAGGGACUUCACCCAAGGCUCAUCACAGAGGGUUUUGAUGCUGCCAAGAAGAAGGCAUUGGAAGUCUUGGAUGAGGUGAAGAUCACCGCUGCUGUUGACCGGGAUAUGCUGAUCAGUGUUGCUAGGACAUCACUGAGGACCAAGCUCCAUCAAGAGUUGGCAGAUAAACUCACUGAGCACAUUGUUGAUUCCGUGCUUGCCAUCAAGAAAGACAAGGAACCUAUUGAUCUGCACAUGAUCGAGAUUAUGGAAAUGCAGCACAAAACUGACAUGGACACCAGUCUUAUUCGUGGUAUUGUGAUGGAUCAUGGUUCCCGCCAUCCAGACAUGAAGAAGAAGGUGGACAAUGCCUACAUCUUGACAUGUAAUGUCUCUUUGGAAUAUGAGAAGAGUGAGGUGAACUCUGGUUUCUUCUACAAGAGCGCAGUCGAGCGUGAGAAGCUUGUGCAGGCUGAGAGGGCAUUCACUGAUGAGAGGGUAAAGAAGAUUAUUGAAUUGAAGAAGAAGGUGUGCGAGGGCACCGACAAGGGAUUUGUUGUCAUCAACCAGAAGGGUAUUGACCCCCUUUCUCUUGACAUGAUGGCCAAGGAAGGCAUCGUGGCUCUGAGGAGGGCUAAGAGGAGGAACAUGGAAAGAUUGACCCUGGCCUGUGGUGGAAUUGCCAUGAAUUCCGUUGAUGAUCUGACUCCUGACUGCCUCGGUUUCGCCGGCCGCGUCUACGAAUAUGUCUUGGGAGAAAGCAAGUUCACAUACGUAGAGGAAUGUGCCAAUCCACUCUCAGUUACCCUACUAGUGAAAGGACCAAAUAAGCACACCCUUACUCAGAUCAAGGAUGCGAUCCAUGAUGGUUUGAGAGCUGUCAAGAAUGCCAUUGAGGAUGGGUGUGUCAUCCCUGGAGCUGGGGCCUUCGAGAUAGCUGCCUACUCAGCUUUAAUGAAGUUCAAGGAGUCUGUCAAGGGCAGAGCUAGGUUGGGUGUGCAGGCAUUUGCUGAGGCUCUGUUGGUCAUUCCCAAGGUGCUUGGAAAGAACUCUGGACAUGACCCACAGGAGACAAUCGUGAAACUUCAGGAGGAAUACGUUACUGCUGGACAACCAGUUGGAUUAGAUUUAGCGACGGGUGAAGCAUGUAUACCAGGAGAUCUUGGCAUAGUCGACAACUAUCGAGUGAAAAAACAGUUACUGCAUUCUUGUACUGUCAUAGCAAGCAACUUAUUACUGGUGGAUGAGAUAAUGAGAGCGGGUAUGUCAUCUCUAAAAGGCUAACGCGGAACAAUGAUGGAUGGCAUAUUUAGUACCGUAUAUUAACCUAUAGAUGUCACUACACAACUCUGUAUUCUCUACAGAUACUUCUCCAUGUGCUUCAGUAUUUCUUUCUGCCGCAAAUCGAUGGACUUCUUUCCCUUAAAUUAUUUACGAAGAAACGAAAAGGAGCAAGAAGGAUGGACUUGCCUUUCUUCUUAAAAAAUCAUUGAAAGGAUUUGGCCAAAGAUCAAAACUUUAUGAACAAGACUUUGAACAUUGAGUACUGUUAAGAUAGGUUUCUGAGGAGCUAAUGGCAUUCUAAGUACAUUGAUGAUAAUAACUGUCAGUAUGCUAGAACUUUUCUUGUUUCGCCCACAUCUGAAUUCAUAAGGCAGUAGAUAGUGAAAUACAUUUUGCCGUUAAGAAAAACUUAUUCAAAUUUCACUUGGACCCACUGGACAUAUUUAAACUGUGUUCUAAAUGUUCAACAUGUAUCUUUUGUCAUGCCUUAACCUCGCUGUUUGCUGUGUGUGAUUUUUUUUACAAAAUAUAAAUCAUUAAAAUGCAAAUAAAUUA